UCCUUGUACCAAUUAGCUGCUGUUAGCUGAAAGCGGUACACAAUAAAACCAACACCAAGCUAACCAAAUAGCUGCAGUUUGUGGACACUUGGCGGCUUCAGCAAUGACGUUUUGCCGUUAGCCAGGGCGACUGAGUUCCAGCCUCGCGCCGGACAGCUGAGCCACUUUUCUCUCUGUAAAGUUCAGGCUUCGCUGUCACUUGUUUGUGGUUUUAACAAUGUUGAGCAGCGUUGCUCUGCGGGCUCAGAUUGCCUCCGUAAUCGACGCCUUGUCCAAAGCAGCCGUGGCAGAAAUCGCCAAAGUUGUGGAAGAUGGCAUGGUGGUGCUGCGGCUGGAAAUGUGUCAGCGGGAAAAUGACAUCAAGAAGCUGAAGAGCAACAUCGAGGUUCUGCACAGCGAGCUGAGAUCAGCGCAGCAGAGAGCGACCCUGCGACCCGACCAGAGAGAUGAUGGACAGAGUGACGCUGGUGAUGAGAGGAGCUUGCUUGAGAAGGUGCACGCUGAUGAGAACCAAAACAUCCUGUCCAUACCCGAGGUGCAGGUGAAACGUGAACCUGUGGAAGACGGAAGCGAGGAGGCCAGAGGACAACCCGUCCAACCGGCCUUGUAUGAAACGGACACUGCGCAGUGGAGACAGACAACACAAACUCAGUCGGGAGGCAACAACUCAGAUUAUUUACAUUUAGGGCAGAACUCCUUGUUAUGUCUCCCUGAGUCUCCUCUGGACAGCGGACUGACUGCGCCCUGCAGCAGCUCCGGCGGGUUCCCGCAGAGCCCGUUCAGCCGCGGGCUGCUGGGCUACAGUCAGUAUCGUAACUCGUACAACACCGUGCGGAGGAGGACGGUGAAGAGGUUGAUGUUUAAGAAGGGCUUCAUCUGCCCCUACUGCGGUAAAUAUUUUGAGCGCGCCGGGCACCUCGAGAGGCACAAAAGGAUUCAUACUGGUGAGAAACCGUAUCGCUGCGAGAUCUGCGGGAGACGCUUCAACCAGAAAUGCAGCCUUAAGGAGCACAUGAAGAUUCACAGGAGAUGUAUUCAGCCCAGACCAGUUGAGAUCCAGGUGGUCGAACAGAAGCAGAUUCCCGAGGUGAAUCCAUGUACUGAUACUCAGCGCCCUGAGGAAGAGAGCCAGAUGAAAGCCGAGGACGGCCCACGUGAGAACGACGACGUUCUCACACCUGUACACGUGAAAUCUGAGCCUGCAGAGGAGAAUAUUGCACAGCCGCUGUUUCACGGAGCGAACGAGCAGACAGUGGAAGGAGUGGAGAACCUCAGUGAGAACUUCGCAACGUUCGAGAGAGACAGCCAGCAGUGGAUGUCCAGAUUACAAGGACAAAGCAACACAGAGAUCGGCAGUACAGAGUAUCUCAGCAGCCCAGCGGAGAGUAUGACGUCCUUCCCACCGAUGGCUCAGUUUCUCCAGCCACCAGUCGAAGCUUCCUGCAGCACCUUCUCCUUUGCAGGUAAACCGUAUGGGGAGUUCAAAAACAGCACGGUCUCCCAAACACCUUACGGAUCCUCGGACACACGUAUGAUAUCAAGUGAAGCAGGCUUGCAUGGAAUGAGAGCCACGCUGCAUCACCACCAACAGAGAGGAAGCAGGUCUUUCCAGGUGAUCAAACCAAAGAAAUGCUUCGUCUGCUCGUACUGUAGCAAGGUCUUCGAGCGCGCCGGCCACCUUGAAAGACAUUUACGAAUUCAUACCGGGGAGAAGCCGUACGGCUGCCAUAUCUGCGGGAGGUGUUUCAAUCAGAAGAGUAGCCUCAAGGGCCACAUGAAGACGCACAGAAAUGGUGAGACCACAGAUGCGCUGGAGGCACAUCACCUGAUGUUUGCAAUGCCUGAUAAUCAAGCGCUGAAGAACCUGGCAGAACCCAGAACCGGACUGGCAGUUUUGGAAGAACAGUUAUCCGGCUCUGCGUACAGUGAGCAGACAGUAACGGUAAAGAUGGAGCCAAAUGAGGAGGAUUUUCAGACGCUAAGUGAGGCAGGGACUGAAAACGGCAUAGGAGCACCAGAGCCGCUGUGGACUUCCAGGAUAGAGAAGAGUCGAGACGCCACUGAACAAAAUGUCUGUGUACUUUUGCGUGAUGUCAAGUAUCACCUCAGUCCUGCUGCUGGAGCGGCCAAUCAGACGCAGGGAUAUACUUCACCAAUAAAGGAUCUGCCUUUUCUAGACCACAAAGCAAAGGAAGAAAUGAUGCACAAUGGUGGGUAUUCAAUGAUGGGGAUGCAGUCAAGAAGCUCUGAUGUGACUCUAGCACCUGAGCUGCGAGAUCAACCCGUUACACAAGAGGUGGCUGUGAGUGAGUACACCGCAAUGAGUGACAGGACUCACGAGAGAUGUGUGUUUGAGUUUAACGUGACCGCCUCAGGCGACCAUGAGGACAACUGUGGCAGGGACGCCACCAGGCAGAAUUGCUUUAUAUGCGCAACUUGUGGGCAAAGCUUUGAUAGUUUCAGUUCAUAUCAGAGGCACCAGUGCAAGGAUAUCACAGAGCAAUCCUUCAGCUGUGAGGUAUGUGGGAAGAUGUUUAAUCAGAUGAGCGCCCUGAAAUUGCACCGUAAGCUGCAUGUAGAGUAAAAAUGAAAAUGUACACAACGAGGACAAAUACUCUACACGGUUCCCCACCAGGCUUCAGCACCCUCAGUCACAACAAAUGGCACAGCAAAAUUUCUCACGGGCGACAAAUCACAGUGAGAACUAAAUAAAUACUUGAUAUGUCCCGAAACUUCCAAAAGAAGAACAAAAUUAGUUUUUUGUUUGCAGUAAAAGUAAAAAAAAAAAAAAAGAAAUCUUGUUAGCGUCUGUCACAUUUCAAAUUCUUUGCACAAAAUGUUUUUUGGACCUACUCCAUCUCCUCAUUUAUAGAAGACUUUUUAGUUGAGCAUCGUUGGCGUGGGCACAGUUCUUUGCCGUCUUGAAGCUGGCCAAAUCUAGGCUUUGGAGUGGCUUUAAUAAUGACUUAAUUACUACAAGCAGAAACCAAAUAACAUUGAGCAUUUUAAGUGGCAGUUGAAGCUGUCCUAUUUUCUGGUCUCCAGGCAAAGCUGUUACUCCAUGACUGACCACUAGUUUCACUUUACUGAAAGUAUUUUAAUGACACUUGUCUGUGUUUUGAAGAACGGUACAUAAAUGCUGAUCAUGGCACUUAACUGAAAUGUCAGGUUUUCGCUGUGCUCUUGCUGUUUUCACUGAUCAAGUAAAUGUAAACCAGUCCCAGUCAUCAGUAUGCCAUAACUAUAGACUGUUAAUGUAACUCAACCUUUUUCAGGCCAUGUGCUUUUUUUCAUCCAAGACGCACUUCUUUUAGUUUGAGGUCAUUUAUUUUUUACAAGAUACCUUUGGGCUAAAUAGUAUUUAGUGGAAUUAGAACAAAUUACAGCAGGAUUCAUGCUGUAACUUCAUGGAUUUAGCACAUCAGCUAAAGAUAUAGCACAGGUUUCUUCUCUAUUCAGAUUUUUAUGUAAUGUUUCAUCAAGAUUAGAUUAGAUAUACUACCACUGCUGAUCAUAUUGUUCUAAGAAAAUACAGUACUUUUGUAAUGUGGAUCCAAAUCAGUAUUUUGGAUCUUAAAAUAUGGAAUAAUGCCUAGUUUUUCUUUUGAGGAGGAUGCAGUGAGGGGACUACAUUUUUUUUGUUUUUAAAGUUGAUUUGAAGCCAUUGUUAAGAAUGUCCGUGAUAUGUUUACUAUUGAUUUAAACGGAUGGACGGCUGUGUCUUCCUCUUAAGUUGAACCGAAGAAACCUUUAUACAACAACAAAUAUACACUAUACCUGAAAUAACUGUUGCCUUUAACGCUGUAUGUAUAUAUGUUGUCGCAGUAUUGGUUUGGUUUGGUCUUUCAAAAGGCAAGACCUAACCAAAAAUGGCAAAUGCCAACAUGGUAAUGUUUUCCUUGGAGAAAGGGAAGGGACUACAAUAAGUUACUACUAAAUGCAGGAUAUGUGUGCAUUAUGUAUGACUAAAGAAACAUGAAAUACCUCAGUAAUAACACAGGGUCCCCAUAAUCAUUGAAGAAUUUGGAAAAGUCGAGGAAUAUGAAGCGUUUCUUUGAUUUCAUUGUUACCUUUCACUAAUAUUUAUUUUGGGGGAGAUAUUUUGUAUUUUAUUUUUAAAUAUGCCCCCUGUUAAAGACACUGGCUAUCAGAUAGAACAAAUUACACGGCGAGUGUUAAGCAGCGCACAUGGAAAACUGUAAUAUAAAAAGCCAUCAAGUUGGUUGAGUAAAUAGCUCUGAAUGGUUCUGAAUGAACGGUACAGUUAGUAUUUGUUUGGAGCAGGUGGCUGGACUUGAAGAGGUCAGUAAAAUAGUUUGACAAAACGAACACUCCAGCUAAGCCCACAGAAAGUGCAACUUCCUGGGGCUGACGGGGUGACACGAACCCCUUUAGAGUACAGUGAAAUGAGUGCCUACAUUUUUCACAUGGGAAUUAAUUCCCUCGCCCUGCCGCAGCAGUGUUCUUGCCUUUCAGGCGUUUUCAGUCUGCUUCAAUUCAAUAAGUGUCAGUCUGACACCCAAGAUGCCCAAUUGUAGCAUGAUUCACGGGUAUCGCAUUUACUACACCUUUACAGUAAUAGUUUAUCACAUUAUACGCAAUGUUAGAUUACGUUUGAAAUGAUGACCAUAAUGAAACGGUAUUAUUUCUUUGUUUAGCUUUUUGUAUUUUCAAAUAAAUUCAAAACUA